AUGUCGUCGGAACUACUGGACCCAUGGGAGUUCGCGCGCAUCCCUCCGGUCAUUUCCUCCGAUGAGCUCCCGGAAGAGGACAUCGAAUAUGUUCUCCGCCAGCGCAAAGAUUAUUUAAGAUUUAUGCAUCCCAUGUACAUCUUAGCUUUUGAAAAGCCGAGAUAUCUUGGCGACCGAAUUCCUGACAUGAUCGAUCCUAGUACGUCAGGGGAUCACAACGAUAUUUGGAUGAUUGAGGCACCCCUCAAUACUGUCGAGAUCAUUGAAGCCAUCUUGAAACCAGCCAAGCCAUUCACGGUUCACAGGGCACGUCACUUCAGCCCAGGGUGCACUCAGCACUUCGCCAAACUCCCCCUCGAUCAACCGCAAAGAAGACAGCAACUGUACGCACGGUAUCUUCGGCUGGAGGGUCGGUUAGAGAAAGACCGCGAAAUAUCCUACAUCACGGUACAUCCUGAUGAUGCUAAGACUCUGCGUAACAGAUUUCCUGGGGUCCUCGACGCGGUUCGCCUGCAGUACAUCUGCAUCCCCUGGGUGUUUUCAGACGGAAUCAAGAGUCUCGUCAACCCUAUGGCGUACCUAUUGCACGACGCGCCACGUCCGGGAUCAACGCACACAUACGAAAGGGGGCUGGCAUAUGUUCUCAGAACUCUUGGUCUCACUGGCUAUACUGUUGAUAAGCGGAAUUAUCUUCAACCCGGAGCGACCCCAAUGCCCGAGUGUGUAUUGGAUUGGUACUGUGGUAUUCCGGGGAGAACCCAGGCCCUGCCUUAUUAUCAUAAACUGGAAGAGGUUGUGAAUUUAGAGGAGGAUCAGAAGAACAACGAGACAUCUUCCGAUGGAUCAAAUGCCGGCAGUUCUAAGCCUCGUGAUGCCGUUUCAAGGACUCAUCUCUGA